UAUGAGAAUUCUAGUGGUUGAUAAAGUCAGUUUAAGUAGGAGGCUCGUUCGUCAUAUCUUAACGGUAAAUGGGCCUCGAUUGGCGUUUGUUUAUAAAACUUACUUGGAUGGCUACGACAGCAAAUUGUCUAUCCUGGGAUUUGGGAUAGUGAAAGACCAAUCAGAUGAAGAUGAUAUGCAGGUAUUCAUUUUCGAUUUGAAAAAAUCACCUGGUAUUCUACACAACGGUGAAUUAUGGCGUCUAUUGUCAACGGACGGUAUCGAAAAGCUUUGUCAUGACGUUGACAAAUUGAAAAAGAUCCUUGCUGUUUAUGACGCCCGGUUAGAAAGAGAAUGCGAUUUCCAAGAAAUCUACCGGUCUUAUAUGGCAGACAACGGUCUACCGGAUAGAAGUAUCUCGUUACAAAAUCUCUUUGGAAAAUAUUUUCCAAAUAAGAGGGACGAGUUUGUAAAGUUAUCCUCACUAUCUCAAAUAAAUCUUGAUUGGGCUAAGAGACCCCUUUUGAAUGGUUUAUUGCAAGAUGUUUAUCACGAAAUGGCAUGUUUAAUCGAAUUAGAUCCAUUAAUCAAAAGAUCACCCCCUGAGCACUCUGGUUUACGUUUAAACAACUCGUUAGAACCUGUUAAACUACCUGCCAGACGGCGAAAGUUAAGAAAGAAGCAAUGGAACAUAUUGGAACUGACGUAUAGACGUUAA